ACAUGUGACUCUACAGGAAGUGAUUUCUCUAAUUACCAUGGUCAGCUCUGGAUACAUCCUGGUCGGCUGUUAGGAUAGGAGAGUUGUAAUAUAUUGCGUUUUUUGAGGUUUGUUUUGUUCUUAUUUAUCUGUUUCAAUUACGUUUCCUGCAGCUGUGCCGAAUAAAUCGCUUAUCACGGCUGUUGUAACCUCGCGUGGCUUUAGCAGGUGCUAGCUGAGGUGCUUUGAAGUUCCCCAGCUGUCAUUGGAAACAUGAACACUGUGGUGACCAAAAUAGACUACAAAUGGAUUAGUUUAACCUUGAGGAAUCCAUGGAGAGCUACGGCAGCUUCAAAGUUAAAUAAGCUGUCCACCCUUCCCCCAGAUCCCGUCAUCCCCUCUAAGAAGCCUCUCCGAGUGGAGCUGCUUGGUGGAAAGCGUUACUCAUGGUGCACCUGUGGACACAGCAAGAAACAGCCUUUCUGCGAUGGUGCCCACAAAUUCAAAGCUCAAGGCCUGUCCCCGCUGCGCUUUUUCCCGGAGAAAGACACCACAGUUUGGCUGUGUUGUUGCAAGUACACAAACAACCCGCCAUACUGCGACGGCACACACAAGCAGGACUUCAUUGUUUCUGCCCCGCUACAUGAACACACAGACCCCUGAAAUAAUGUGAGGGUUGCCUUUUACUGAGCAUUUUUGUAAAUAAGUGCAUCCUGUGAAGGCAGCACACGUAAACUGAUCGAUCAUAACAAGUACCUGAACCCCGUGUCAGUAUUAUACUCAGCGAGAAGAUGAAAAAGUUACCACCUCAGCCCUCAACUCCACGUGUCCUUGCUUUUCUACAUUGGAGACACAAUGUUGCAUCAACAGCAGUGCUCUUUGAUCAGAUGCUGGGAUAUACGGGAGUUCUAAGCGGGAGCGAGAUUUGACCCUGUUUCAUACAGAGGCUGCUGAAAGAUCGUGAUGGGAUAUACUAGUUUUUUUAUGGCUUGGACUUUAAAGAUAAACAGUUUUUAGAGGAGAAAACUGAUGAAACUGUGACGUCUGAUCAUGAAGCAAUGUUCAUCACUACAACACACACCUUAAAGUAUCAAUCUGUCUGUGUGCCAGAGUAAGCUUAUAUUAAACAUAUUAAAUGGCUUAUUGUCCUCCCUUUUGGGAUGUGCAUUUAUAUAUUUUUGUUAAUUUAAAUCAGGAAAUAAAAUGUUUAUGCUCUUAAUUUGAGACAAUUUGUCUAAUGUGAUAAUCAAAUAAAAGGAACAAAUGA